CAGUGAAUCACAUGUUUUGUUUGGUCAUUGAAUUUGAAACCAAAAAAAAAAUAAUAAAAUAUUUUUUUUUAAUUAAUAUUUUUUUUUUGAAUCAAAACAAUCGAUUCAGUGAUCAAAACAUUGUCUAUUCAGUGGUCAGUGGACAACACCGACGGCCAACUAAACAACCAAACAAUGACUUUACGGCGACUAAAAGUUUUGGUAUUUGAUUCGCAACUCUAUUGGCUGUCCAUUGAUGUCCAUCAAAGCUAUCGCCGACGACUCAGCCGCAGUCAUACAAUGGACACCAAUGGUGGCGACACCGCCGCCGCCGCCACUGGCGAUACCCGACAAUACCCGCAGCCGCCGAUGAUAAUUGUCGAAACUGUCAAAGAUUUGAAGCUAGUAUUGGCCAACGAGUUGCCGCCGACGGUAAUCGGUGGCURUUGUGUUGGUGGCGGUGCCGUCGGUGGUCAACAACAACAAGCGUUUGACAUCUAUCUCGAAGACAUACAACUAAUGGACGACCAGACUGUACGGCUGUUUCAGGACAACGAUUUUAUUGAAGUCAGACACCGAUUGAUGCCGACCGGCGGCGGCGGCGGCUGUGGUGGUGGCGGCGGUGGCCAACAACAGACACAUAGACAACAUUUGAAACGAUUGGUGGCCACCAGGAAGUUGGCUGCGGCUAAGACAUCGGCGGCGGCAGCUUCGGUGACAACGGUCAACAAGAAAACAGCGGCGUUGAUAGCGGCCAACGGGUCAUCGGAUCGGUCAUCGCAACAGCAGUCGAUGUUAUCAUCGGCAACSACUGCGGAGGCCAUCGAUGAYCAGUGUUGUGAUAGCGGCGGCGGMGGMGGAGGCCGUUGUUGUCAAUCUGAUAACAGUCUGACCAGAGUUGCCGAACGGACAACAAUAGCCGCUAACCAACAACAACAACAACAACAACAGUCAUCGGAAACUGCUUACAGCGUUGAGAUUCAACUGACCAAACAUUUACUAACCGAUAAGCUAACAAUGGGUUUAUCGGUUACGGCAACAACAACAACGUCAUCAUCAGCUGCGGCCGCGGCUAAGCCGACAGAGACUACGAAAGUUUCGUCCAUUACUACUACUACUACUACUAGUACGGCUGGAAAUUUUGCAAAACCCGUAGUGUUGGCGGCCACGGCGGGUAAACCCCAACGGUUGGCCAAAACACCGAUAACUGUGACAACAACAACAACAACAACUGGUUUACCGAAAAAAUUGGUCAACGAUUCUAUGAAAAAUAGUAGUAUUAAUAUUAUUAAUUUAAAACCCGAAUCAUCAUCACUGGCCAACACAACAAGCAAUGUUACGGCGCCGCYACCGCCGGCAUCAUCACUACCACCAUCAUUGCCACCACCACCGCCACUACCGGCGCUGCCAACUAAGCGAUUGUUGGCCAACACCGCCAACACCACUAUCAACACUACUAAUCACCGAAUACCGGUACCGUCGCCGCUGGCCAGAGGCCAAUGGGUUUGCUGUUUGUGCGACGAUAUACUUGGCAAUUGGAAAUCAGUGGCCACUCAUCAUAAACCUUAUCGGUGCGAGGCCUACGAGUACGGCCGUCGCGAAAUUGUUGGCCAAUUUGGUGUCGGCGGCRGYGGCGGCGGCGGACUAGUAUUGGUUGCCGAAAGAUAUUAUUGA